CUAUCGCACAAUUCCAUAAACCAUCGAUUGUUUGUCAGCUCUAUUCGUGACGUGUCUGGGCGAAUUUAAUAAAAAUUCGACUUUUUCGUUCAAUUGCCGUGUAAAACACUUGAACAAAAAAACACCAGCAAGAUGGUCGAAAUCACCGGCGUCAUAUCCAAGUUCUACAACGACUAUGUGCAGAACACCACAAAGAAGCUCAAGCUGGUGGACAUCUACCUGUGCUACAUUCUGUUGACCGGCAUCAUACAGUUUGUUUACUGCUGCCUGGUGGGCACCUUUCCGUUCAACUCGUUCCUGUCCGGCUUCAUCAGCACCGUCAGUUGCUUCGUCCUGGGAGUGUGCCUCCGUCUCCAGGCCAAUCCGCAGAACAAGGCCGUGUUCGCAGGCAUCUCGCCGGAGCGUGGCUUUGCUGACUUCAUCUUUGCCCAUGUGAUUCUGCAUUUGGUGGUGAUGAACUUUAUCGGUUAAAUGGACGAAAACAACAACAUGUGUAGUGCUCCACCAUUCGCAUAUAUUAAUGUAUCGUAAAAUAAAUUAUAACUUUAUUUGAA